CAACACUGCAAACGACGUCGCGGUGUCUCAGGGUGCGUGGGCGCGGGCGCAGACAGCCGCCCAAUUCAGACAGAGCCUUUUGCACAGUUUAGCACAGUCUGAUCCACCACUCUGUUGCUCCAUUUUGCACGUAUGCUGACGUAUUUAUGUAGAGUCGUUCAGUGGUGGUGUGAAAAUUCACUCCUUUCGUGUUAAACAAUGGCGAUUCAGGUCGCUGUUGUUUCCGGCAGUGUUUUCGUUCUUAUCGCAGUCCUCUUGACACUAUGUUCGGCAAUCAACCUAAACCAGCCUACUUCAAAGCCUAAGCACAUCAAGUUAGCUCCUUCAACAGCAUCGCCAGGUGAUGGAGGAGCAUCAACACCGAAGCAAGAUGACUCAGGGGUGGCCAUCUAUCGUUUUAUAAACAGCCACACUGGAACCACUUGUAUACUCAUGAAGACUGACGCUGUUGUAGAGAUUAAAUUUAAGCUGAACAAUUUAGAAGAGCAGGCUGACUCCUUCAUACCAGAAAGAGCAUUACUGGAAAGCAACUGCCAAAAUGAGGAUGUUGCUUCGCUAAGGAUUUCAUGGACGGGAUACAGCUUAGUGAUAAGUUUUGCAAAGUAUCCUGGAGGGGAAAAGUGGUACAUAAGCAACGUAGAACUGACCGUUAGCCCAGACUUGCCACAGCUUCGAGGAAUUCCAGUUAAAGAUAAGUCAGCUAUACGGCUCUAUCAUCGGACAAUCCUGAUUCCAACACCAGUGGGCAAGGCUUUCGAGUGUGAUGAACUAGAUGUGGAUCUUGAGCCGGCUCCUGAUGAUAAAAGUACUCCUCCAGGAGUUAGAGGUUCUCUUUUACUAAGGCUAAUCAAAAUUCACCAUUCAUGUACAAAGAGAAGAUUUUUCCACAGCGGUGCACUGUAGAAAGGGACAAUCCUCAUUCAGAGAUGAAACCGCAUCAAUAGCCGUAGGAUCAACGUUAGCUGUUGCAGUAAUAGCUAUCCUCAUAGGUUAUUCUGCAUAUAAAUACUUCAGGGUGAAGAAUGUCCAAUAUAACACUAUGGAGUAAAUUUCGGGGCCAUUCUUCGCAAGCUGAAAUUGUGUCCAAGGUGAAAGAUGGUUGACUCCAACUAGCAAUCAACGAAUUCUCUUUUCUUUUGAUAAUAUAGCAAGGGACGAGGAAUGAGCAUGAUGGUGUUCUUGUCGAAAUAGGACAAACCGUGUGCUAAAAUUGUUUAUUGCAGAGACGAUUUUUAAAAUUUCUGUAUUUCCUGCAACUACUGUAAAUAUGAAUUUUUUGUGAUCUUGUAUAGAUUAUGUUUGUUGUAGUGAAUAUAUCUGCACGUACUCCAAAUCAUCGCAAUAAAUAUAUUACCUACUCACAUUACUGUUUAAUUUUACGCACAUUUUUCAUUAAUACGCGAAUAUCAGGAACAUUAAGAAAAGAUAGACGUUUGUUACUUUGACUUUUCGAAGAUAUAAAUUUAUAUAUACAUAUUCAGUGUAUUUUUAAUGAAGUAGUGAGAAUUGUACGUACUAUUUGAAACAGGUAUGUUAAUAGUGGCAUAUGAAGCAUACAAAAUAUACGAUAUUUUGAAAACA